GAAUUAGGAAUAUUGUUUGUGGUCCUUCUUUUCAGUAACGCUCUGUUUUGAGUAUACUAAUGCAUAGAAUACUCCUCAGUGUACAUGCAUCUUCGUGCAUGUGAUAAGAGGAGGCUUUCCUUUUGCUACACGGGCAGCGGAUGAGUUUGUAGAGACCUGAGACGGUAGAAUGGGCUAUACCACUUUAGGCUACUGAAGGAGGAUCCCAUUUUGCGGGAACUACAAGUAGAAAACUAGCACAAGUGGAAGAUGGUCUAGAACCUUUCUCCCUAAUGUGCUAGAUUUUGUACUUUCAAAGAGUUUUUACAUAGGAGAGUGGUUUUUUUUACAUGUUGUGGCCCACCUGUAGUCUAAAGUGAUGCAGUCCACUCCAGGAAUUUAGGAUUCAUUAUCUCAUUUCUGUUGUAUGUAUUUGUAGACUAUACAUGUUAAGGAGUAAUAAAGCCUGGCAAUGAACAAACUCCAGUUGGCAACAUGCAGGAAGCUAAGAACACAAAGGAACACUGGGAAACAACAGAAAUCACUAAAGAAAUGUGAAGGAAAUUUCACACUCUACAAAGAAAUGCCCAGCCAACAGUCUUCAUUCCACACCUUCAGCAAUGCAGCUGAAACGGAAGAUUUUCGGAAGAGGCUGCUCAACUGGUAUCAUAAAUGCAAACGGGAUCUUCCUUGGAGGAAACUGGCUGCAAGCGAAGGUGAUGCUGACAGACGAGCAUAUGCUGUGUGGGUAUCUGAGAUCAUGCUCCAGCAGACCCAGGUGACUUCAGUGAUCGACUACUACAACCGCUGGAUGCAGAAAUGGCCAACCUUGCAGGAUCUAGCUGAGGCUUCACUAGAGGAGGUGAAUGAGCUGUGGGCUGGGCUUGGCUACUAUUCCCGAGGGAAGCGGCUCCAGGAAGGUGCACACAAGUUGGUGUCUCAGAUGGCAGGUCAUAUGCCCAGGACAGCAGAAGAGCUGCAGAAGCUGUUGCCAGGAGUGGGGAAGUACACAGCAGGAGCUAUUGCAUCCAUAGCAUUUGGUCAGGUAACGGGCGUGGUGGAUGGGAAUGUAAUCCGGGUCUUGUGCCGUGCACGAGCCAUUGGUGCUGACCCCAUCAGUUCAUCUGUUGCUGACAGACUUUGGACUUUAGCACAUACUCUGGUGGAUCCAUCACAUCCUGGUGACUUUAAUCAAGCAAUGAUGGAGCUGGGGGCAACUGUGUGCACUCCCAAGACCCCACUGUGCAUGGAAUGUCCAGUGAAGCAGCAUUGCAGAGCACACUAUAAAGUAGAGAAAGAACAGGCAGCCUCUGUCAAGAGACUGCUAGGAAAAGCUACCUCUAAGAGCCCUCAGGUGCUGGAUGUGGAAGAAUGUGCCGCCAGCACUACUGGAAGCUGCUCCCUCUGCCUGCCUCCUUCAGAGCCAUGGGAUCCCAACCUUGGUGUGGCCAACUUCCCCAGGAAAACUGCCAAGAAGCAGCCCAGGAUUGAGUGCACAGCCACAUGUGUGCUACAGAGGAGCUGUGGCGAUGGGAAACCAAAGUACCUUAUUGUGCAGAGACCUGCCACAGGUCUGCUGGCAGGGCUGUGGGAGUUUCCAAGCCUUCUCCUUGAGCCAGGGCAGGAGAAGCAGCACAAAGCAGCACUGGCAGAUCACCUCCAGGCCUGGGUUGGCAGUGAAGUGACAGUGGGGCAUCUGCAACAUGUUGGAGAGGUUCUUCAUAUCUUUUCCCACAUCCGUCAAACGUACGUGAUCUACUUUUUGAACCUGGACAAAGAUGAAGGAAACAGGGAUAUGGAGAUGGAGCUGCCAGCAUCCCGAUGGGUGAAUGAAACAGAAUUCCAGAACUCUGCCAUCUCCACAGCUAUGAAGAAGGUCUUGAAAGCUUAUGAAAAGUGGAACUCUACAGUCAGUGCUACCAAGAUUGUCAAGAGGAAACGGGACUUUCUACACGCCAGCCACACAAUGCCUGAAGAAGAGGGCAGUUCUUCCAAGAGGCAGCUUUCUCUGGAUUCAUUUCUUGCAGCAAAUCCCAGAAACUGACUGCAGUCUCUAUAUGCGGCCUGACCUCACAUGAGGUGUACAUUAGUGCUCCCCUGCAAUGAUCAUUACAGGAAGGCCUUGAGAUUUUUUUGUUGGGGUUGACCCUGCCCAUGCAGAGAGGCGUGCCUGACUGUUGUAGGCAAUGCUAAGGUGCAUGAUCUCACCAGAAUUUAAUGCAGUCUGUAUAUGGGACAGACUGACUGAAAAACUUGUAUUCUCCAGUGGCUGCCAAGCAAAACGAUUUCUUCUGUAUCCUCCUUAAGGGUUGCUUUCUUAGAGCCAGUUUUUUCUCAAGGCAAAUAAUUGUACAAUCACCAUUGCUUGGAAAUUGUUUGCUUGCCUACAUAUCCAAGACAGUGUCUGACUGCUGUAGUUCACUGUUUUUAGUACAUACAGUGUCUUAUUUUAAUUAUGGGUUCACUAAUAAAUUUUAAUGAAUUUCUUCUGA